AUGAUAUCCGAUCUCACUGAUGCAUAUGUUGGGUUUGUCACCUAUAUACAACAACACGACCAUCUCCCCACCUUUGCCACAGCACGAUCACGGUUGGAACUCGAGGAAUCAACCAUGUUGCAGCGUGCCGCUCGCGAAUCACACGCCUCCUCUGUUUCGGCCGCUCUCAUGGCCAAAGCUCCGGCCACCGAACCUACACCCAAACCGUCAUCAUAUGCUUCAAACUCCCAACUAUCUCCAUCGACAUAUCGCGGUCAUAGAGGAAAGAAACCGAAUCGUGGCGGUCGAAAUUCUGGAAGAGGAAAUCGUGGGCAGCAACAACAACAACAGUGGCAGCCAUGGAAUUACCCACCUUGGCAACAAUGGGGUCCUUGGAAUUACCCACAUUGCCCUUACCCAACCUCAUAUUUGAAUAGACCAAAUAAUGGUCCUAAGCCCCAACAAAAUGGAAUUCUUGGGCCCAAACCUCAGCCGGCUGCUUUCAAUGUUAAUACUACCAGCCCUACUGACAUUGAAAGUGCUUUUAGCACCCUCAAUCUUGCUCAGCCAGACCCCUCUUGGUACAUGGACACCGGAGCCACCUCUCACAUGACAUCUGAUCGGAAAAAUAGCAAGUAUGCAGAUUGGGGUGAAUGUCCUGACACUAGAAGUUCCACUUCCGGCUACUGCGUGUAUCUUGGAGACAAUCUACUUUCUUGGUCGUCUAAACGACAACCCACACUCUCACGCUCUAGUGCUGAAGCAGAAUACCGUGGAGUUGCCAAUAUGGUAUUUGAAUCAUGCUAG